AUGGACCUCACUGACUCACUGUCUAGCCUCGACGAGUCCGGCCCCGUUAUCGCCAGCGGGAAGCGCCUAGCCCUGUCAACAAAACUUCGCUCCAAGUUCUUCUUGGUCGCCCCGGCCGACGCAGACCCUUGGUUCGGUUUCACGCUGGAUUUCCCUUUGGGCCAGGAUCAGGCAGCGAACGAAGAUUCCGGCUUUGGUAUCCGUCACGAAGGUAAAGCCUCGGGAGACGCGGUGGUACCCGUUGAUAACCACAGGCUCACCAUUAGGUUCCCUCGCGGCGGGUUCCAGACGAUCGUCGAAGAUGCGACAUUGCCGCUGAUGAACCGAUUCCCCAACGCCAAGCGUCGAGAUCACGGUAUGACGGUCCUCAAAGUCGUCAUCGGUGAUGCUUCGGUAUCGAUCCAGGGGUUUGGAUACCCAUUCGCCAACGUCGACGACCUCGAGGUUGAGGGAUGGGUGAACAAUAAGCCCAUCGUCGAUGGCCACACCCUGAUUGACAUCUUGCGAAGCAAGCGGUUUGUCUUCGUGUUGCCCAAGCCUGUCGCCGCCGCCGCCCAUACCUUCAACCCGGACCGCCUUCCUGCGCCGUUCAGCUAUCCAUACGGCCCCAAUCAGGAAUGGAACCUCCCGCUGUACAGGGCGCUGAUCGCCCAGAACAAAGGGCACCGAUUCAUUCCAGCGUUCCGCCACCCCGACGACCUCUCUCACAUCACCUCGGUCGUCCAAGCCGCCGUCCAGGACGUCUUGUGGAUUGACGACGCAGUCAAUGAGAUCUUAGCCAUCAGAUUCCCGGCCUACUUCGUGAGCCCCGAGACCAGUGCCUCCGAGCCCCGUGCCGUCGAGGGCAUCAAACAGUUCUACAUCGUCGUCGCUUUGACCCCGCAAUUCCGCACAGAGUACGACUCCGCAUGGCGCCGUCUCAUCAAGGCUGAGGGUUUCCGCGUCCGGCUCUUCAACUCACAUGAGUCAUUGAGCCCCCACGAGACCUGGAACUGCAAGAUCGUCGAGUAUCCCAGCAAUCUCAGCGCCCUCAAGCCUCAUCCGGUCCGAAAACAUGAGCUAGUCCUGUGCGCUCGACGACCCACGAGGGAUGAGUUCCAGAAGAAGCAGCCAUACGAAGUCAAGAUGUUCCCCGACCGGAACGGCUUCUAUGACUGGAUGGUGAAGCCUGAUCCACGAAGCACCAAUGCGCCUCCUAUGCUGCGAGCCCUGCCCAGCAUCAACUUCCUCGACAUUGAGGAUAAGGCAUACGCCAAUGCCAUCGUCGCCGAGGCUCUGCCUCAAGAUCAGGCCCGCUUCCGCGGGUACCUCAGUAACCGCCCUCUUGGACUUGCUGCUGCCACCCUCGCGAUGCACGCAAAGCUCGGCAAGAUCCUCUGCUCGGCGCCCACCAACGUCGCCGUCGACAACUUUGCGAGUCGACUCGAUACAAGAACCCGCACCGUCGUCGAACGUUACAACAGGGGAUUACAGGGAGGCCAACCCCGUCGCAGGCACACCUUCGUUGUUCGUGCCUACAGACCCGAGCACGAAUCCGUCGCCUUCAAGAGGCUACUUCAGGACUCGCGUAUCAGUGAUGGCGCCGCUCCCAAGCCUUUUGCUCGCCGACCCUCCAAGUGGAGACUGCAUUUGUCGUGUGCAUUCUGGCUUCUGGUCUUGCUCCGCUCUCCUGCCGUGAGGGGGUUGCACCCAGACGAUAGCCCGGUUCUUCAUGAGAUGCAGCAAGCCAUCCAUGACCAUGACAGCACAGUUCUCCUCCGCGAUGUUGCCACAGGUGCCAUCACCUGGGAGCAGUUCAAGGAGGCCGAUGGCUACACCAGGGCCAUGACGGUGGCCAAUGAUCUGCUGGCUUACAUUCCAGAUCAAGCAGACUUGCUCGUGGCCCGGGGUGUCUCCAUCGACGAAGCUGCCAACAUGCAUCGCGCCGACCUCUACUGCGUUUGGGGCAAUACCCUUCUGCCUUGCUUCCUCUUUGGCGAUCCCAAGCAGCUCUCUCCCACCGUCAUGACGAACAGCGAGCAGCACAAGGCGGUUCUUCAUCGCGACGACGAAGGCGACGUCGACAUGGAAAGUGAGCAGAAUCCUGUCGGCUUCCUCAACCGCUUCGCCAUGGAUGGCAAGAUUUCUGCUCUGCAAUACUUGCAGGGCAACGGCAUCCCGGUCUACCGC